AUGUCUGUCGCCGACGAGAAGACACGGGUCUCUGGCGAUGUGCCGCGCGCCGAGGGCCCCAUCCUUCCAACCAACAAUGCCCAAGCCGAGAAGUUGCAACAGAAGGCUCAGUCCAACGCCAUUCACCCUGCCCUCUACGUCAUUGUCUGGAUCUCCCUCUCGUCCUCCGUCAUUCUUUUCAACAAAUGGAUCCUCGAUACUCUCAACUUCCGCUACCCUGUCAUCCUGACCACCUACCACCUUUCUUUCGCUACCCUCAUGACCCAGAUCCUCGCUCGAUGGACUCACCUCCUUGACGGCCGCAAGACGGUCAAGAUGACCGGCCGUGUCUACGUGCGGGCUAUUGUUCCCAUCGGCCUCUUCUUCAGCUUGAGUUUGAUCUGCGGCAACCUGACCUACCUGUACCUCUCUGUCGCCUUCAUCCAGAUGCUCAAGGCUACCACUCCCGUCGCUGUCCUCCUCGCCGGUUGGUCGCUCGGCGUGUCUACGCCCAACAUGAAGGUCUUCCUCAAUGUGUCCGUCAUCGUUGUGGGUGUGAUCAUUGCUUCGAUUGGCGAGAUUGAGUUUGUCUGGGUCGGUGUCAUCUUCCAGAUCGGCGGUGUCAUCUUUGAGGCUCUGCGUCUGACCAUGGUGCAACGCCUUCUGAGCUCGGCCGACUACAAGAUGGACCCCCUGGGUCUCUCUAUUCCUCGCUGCUCCAUGGCCGAGGUCUACCACGUCGGCCUCAGCACCUUCUUCCUCAACGGCAUGUGUGCGUUCCUCCUGAACGUCUCUGUCGGUUUCCUGAUUGGCAAGACCUCUUCCCCUGGGUGCUCACCCUCUGCGGUGUGCUCAAGGACGUCAUGGCUCGUCGCUGCUUUCCAUGGAUGA